AUGGCUCACAACAACGGUAGUGGUGUCGCGAACCGCGAAACGGCGAACCCGUCACAUUCGUCGUCGAUCGAUCGGGUAUCAGUGAAAGUGCCAUCAUUCAUACCCGCGGACCCGGAGUUGUGGUUCAGGAUGCUGGAGGGCGGUUUCGCAGCUGCAGGAAUAACGCAGAGCAGCACCAAAUAUGGCUACGUAAUCACAGCCCUCGAUCAAAGGUACGCUCUGGAGGUCCGCGACAUACUUAUGAGGGAAGAACAAUCGUACGAACUCUUAAAAACCGAGCUGAUCAAGCGCCUUGGCUCUUCACGCGAGCAGAACACGCGUCGCCUGUUGGAGAACGAGCCUCUCGGAGAUCGUAAACCGUCGCAGUUCCUCAGGCAUCUUUGCGGUCUUGCCGGUAAGGAGUUCCCUGAGGACGUCUUGCAGACGCUCUGGCUGGGCCGUCUGCCUAGGCACGUCCAGGCCCUCCACGCGGCGCAUCGGGACCUCACGCUCGAUAAGCGAGCCGAUAUCGCGGAUUCCAUCGCGGACUUGUACGGCCCGGCAGGUCUCAUCGCCGAGACGUCAGCCCCCGCACCUCAGCCUGCCCGAGCACACGGUGACGAUCUGAUUCGUGUGAUGGCGGAGAUGGUACGGAGGCUCGCGGCGAUCGAGGUUAAUACCCAAGGAGCGCGUCAGCCAACUAGCGGAUCCUGCGAAGCCUGCGGAAGAUCGCGCUCACGCUCUCCGUCGCGCUCACGUUUCCGGUCGCACUCGCGAUCACGGAGCCAGCGUCCUGAUGCAGCUGGCGAGAUAUGCUGGUACCAUUGGCAAUACGGCGACAAGGCAAGAAAGUGCGAAAAGCCGUGCAAGUACAGUGACAGAUCUCCUGAAAACGAGCAGGGCAGUCGCUAA